AUGGCCGAUGGCCGACGGCCGAUGAGCGAUGGUCCGCGGUCGACGGAGUCAUGGUUGGAGUCGAGUCAGCGCGUACGAAAAUAUCUUGGCCGAGGCAAGUCAGCCAGUGGUAGCUUUUCGGCGGCUCUCGUCACUGAUCCGUUCGACGCCGAUCGGCGGCGGCCAGCGAGCAGUUUCUUGGCCGUGCGCUUGGCAGUUGUUUUUUCUACGUUUCUCGGCUCGGCAAUGAGUGAUCAGCGAAUGUGA